AUGUCAGAAUCUCGACAUGAAUUGCUUGCAUGGUUGAAUCAGCUGACAAGUUUGGAUAUUACGAAAGUUGAGCAAUGUGGAAAGGGAUAUGUUUAUGCACAUGUAUUUGAUUCAAUAUAUGGGGGUGUGCCCUUUAGGAAAAUUAAUUUUAAUUGCAAUAAUGAGUAUCAAUAUAUCCAAAACUGGCGAGUAAUUCAGAGUAUUUUUACCCAACACAAAAUUGAUAAAAUUAUUUGUGUUGAUCGGCUUAUAAAAUGCAAGUUUCAGGAUAAUUUAGAGUUUCUUCAAUGGGUUAAAAAAUUUUGGGAUCAGCAUUAUAAUGGUGUUGAAUAUAAUGCUUUAGGAAGAAGAGAAGUUAGACCUAGUAUUUCAAUAGCGUGCUCUGCGAGACCUGUUUCUGCGCACAACAUGCAGAAUCGUAAAACUUUAACAGUUAAUACCACAUCUAUGCGUGUGUCACCGAAUCCUACUACUACUUUUUUGAAUUCUCAAAUACAAGCGUUGCAAGAAAAUGUUGCUGGGCUAGAAAAAGAGAGGGAUUUUUAUUUCAACAAGUUAAGGGAUAUAGAAAUUCUUAUUCAGGCUGCUAUUGAUGUAGAUCCUUCGGCUGCUCAGAAUGAAGAAAGUCUUUUAAAGCAAAUACAAAAUAUAUUGUAUUCUACAGAGGAAGGAUUCGAAGUCCCUGAUAUAAAUGGAGAUGAAAUUAAUAAACAAAUAGAAGGCCUUCAGAUAGAAGAUGAAACUUUUUGA